AUGCGAUUCCAGUACAACCAAGAAGAUGGCACGCAUACACAUCAUCUCAAACGCGCCAAGCGUGAAGAAAAAUUGCGGAAUAUGCUCAAGGACUUGUUGGGUGGAAAGGCAAAGCGGGAAGAGGAAGAGCGAAAGCAGGAAGAGGAUGAAAAUAAGGCACUCUCCCUUGUGACUUCCUGGAUCGAUCAAGUGCAUAUGGAGAAUGCAUCUGAAAUGGCCAAAGUCAAAGAUGGACCUCAAUCACAAAACUUGGUGGAGAAGUAUGGUCGCUGCCAUGAGGUCAUCGGUCGCGGUGCGUUCGGUAUUGUACGUGUCAGCCACAAGCAAGACGCAAGCGAUCCACACAAAGAAUCCCUCUACGCCGUCAAGGAAUUUCGCCGGAAGCCUAAUGAGAAUGACAAAAAGUACACAAAACGGCUCACCUCUGAGUUUUGCAUUUCAUCAAGCCUUCGGCACCCGAAUGUCAUUCACACCCUCGAUCUGUUACAAGAUGCCAAGGGCGACUACUGCGAAGUCAUGGAGUUUUGCGCAGGUGGUGAUCUCUAUUCACUUAUUCUGGCAGCAGGCAAGCUUGAUAUGCACGAAGCGGACUGUUACUUCAAGCAGCUCAUGCGUGGUGUCAGCUACCUUCAUGAAAUGGGUGUCGCUCACCGCGAUCUCAAGCCUGAAAACUUGCUCCUCACACCGUCCGGUAACUUGAAAAUCGCCGAUUUCGGUAAUGGUGAGUGUUUCCGCAUGGCAUGGGAGAAGGAAGCCCAUUUGACUGCGGGACUAUGUGGAUCAGCGCCGUACAUUGCACCGGAAGAGUACACAGAGCGUGAAUUCUCACCUGCAAGUGUCGAUGUUUGGGCAUGUGGUGUAAUUUACAUGGCAAUGCGAACUGGUCGGCACUUAUGGCGUGUUGCAAAGAAGGAUGAAGAUGAGUUUUUUUCGCGCUACCUCGAAGGUCGCAAGUUGGAAGGUGGCUAUGAGCCUAUUGAAGCGCUGGCUCGUGCACGCUGCAGGAAUGUCAUUUACUCCAUCUUGGAGCCUUCGCCACGACGACGUUUGACGGCACAGCAAGUGCUUGAUUCAGAGUGGGUGCGCGACAUUUACGUCUGCAAGUCUGGUGAUAUUGGGUUGACUUCAAGUGAUCAAGCGCGGCUCAAGGAACUCAACAAGGCGGCAUUGAAGCAGCUUGCCGUUAAAUGA